AUGUCCCGCAGUAUCAUAACACCUGCAUUCCCAGUGUCCUCUUUGACCGAUUCUUCAUACGAUGCCGUUCUCCUAGUAAAUGAUGAUGCAGAACAUCUACCAGAACCGUUAAAACUCGCUUUGAAUGCCUUGGAAAAAUUCAGUGAGGUGAAUCCGAAGUUUUCUGAUGAAAUCAGUGUGAUUCCAUUUCCGGAACAUCCAUCGAAGAGAUUGAUAUUCAGUCCAACGGGUCAGUUGAAUACAGACGAAGCGGAUAUACGGAAUGUGUAUGAUGCUGCUGUAGAUGGAAUGAAAAAAUUGUUAAAGAUUGGUUGCAAAUCGCCGUUAUUAUGUUGUGGAUCAUUAGUCUCAGCUCCAAAAGAAUUUCAGUGGACAGAUCGUAGUUGUCUAUUGUUGAACGCUGUUCUGGGAGCAUAUCACGCACUGUAUACGCCUCUUGAAGUCCGUGAAAUGGUUCCUGAAAAGUUUCCCAAAGCAUUACGAUUUGGUGUGAUGGAGGCGGACGAGCGUUUACUAAACACCGCUAUGGCUAUUGAAGAAGGUCGAAUAGUCGCACGCGAUAUCGGUGGGUCAGAUCCAGAACGAAUGGCGGCUCCGAAGAUUGUGGAGUAUUUGGAGAAUGCUUUGAGUGGUCUUACUGGUAUAAAAUGA